CUCAAAUUAUAGUCACUGUUAUUAAAAGGGAUUUAUUUGUUGUUGCCAAAACAAAACCUUAAAAAUUAUUAAUUGCCAUUGUUUAAAUUCAAUGUUGCAAAGUGAGUGCAAUAAUUUCAAUCUAUUUCCGCCAGAUGGUGAACACUAAUUUCACCAUCCAAAAUUAUUUGCAUACAUUGUUAGCAACAACUGUUUGUAGGAGUAGGAAAACAGACUGGAGAGAAUGUUUGUUCGGUUUAAAGCAACAAAUUUUAAAAAGCGGGUGUGGACUUUUGGUCACAACAUUUUUAUUAAAAAUCAAUUAAAAGUUCUGCCAAAUGUGGUUUAUUUUUCGAGUCAACAAAAUGCAAAGGAUAAUUCAAGUUCAUCUCCAGAGAAGCUUGAUGAUGAUGCAACACGUAGUAAUUGGGUGAAACCGGUAAUAAUUUCUGGCAUUGCAUUGUUUGCCGGUUUCCUGUCGUACAAGUAUCUAAGGGAAAACGGUAAGGAAACAGAUCCGUUUGAAUUUUCAUUGAGUCCGGCAGUAAAUGCAGCCGUUGGUACGCUGAGUGAAUCAUCAAACCGCAAGAGAUUUAAUUUCUUUGCUGAUAUCGUUGAACGUGCAUCACCCGCUGUGGUUUUUAUUGAAAUCAAAGAUAAACGGCAUGUGGAUUAUUUUACAAGAGAACCGGUCACUGCCUCGAAUGGUUCAGGGUUUAUUGUCGAUUCAAAUGGACUAAUUUUGACGAAUGCCCACGUCGUUAUCAAUAAGCCGCAUACAUUCGUGCAAGUUCGACUACAAGACGGCCGCAAAUUCAUUGGCAUGGUAGAUUCCGUGGAUCCUGUCUCUGAUCUUGCUACAGUGAGAAUAAAUUGUAGCGGACUUCCAAAACUACAUCUUGGCAAUUCGUCCGAUUUACGAGCAGGUGAAUGGGUUGUGGCUUUGGGUAGUCCAUUGGCUCUUAAUAAUACGGUAACGGCAGGGGUGAUAAGUAGCACACAACGCGCUUCAAAGGAUCUUGGAUUGAAGGGCAAAAAUAUCAACUACAUUCAAACCGAUGCAGCUAUUACUUUCGGCAAUUCGGGUGGUCCUCUCAUCAACUUGGAUGGCGAGGCUAUUGGUAUUAAUUCCAUGAAAGUGACGGCGGGUAUUUCAUUUGCAAUACCAAUCGAUUAUGUACGGGAAUUCCUUAAAAAAAGUCAACGGUUGCGCGAUAAUAAAGAAAUGGUACCGCCACCAGUGCGACGUUAUAUGGGCAUUACAAUGUUAACGCUAACCGACGAUAUUUUGACCGAAUUGAGACAACGAUCCCAUACAGUGCCGGUAGAAGUUAAGAGCGGUGUGUUGAUUUGGAAGGUUAUCAUCGGAUCACCAGCUUACAAUGGCGGACUACAUCCAGGUGAUAUUGUGACGAAAAUAAAUGGAAAAGAUGUUCGGACGACCAGCGAAAUUUACUCAGUGCUUUCCGAAAAAGGAAAGGCAUUAAAUAUGACCAUCUACCGUGGCACACAAAAACUGGAAGUUAUGAUUAUUCCAGAGGAAAUGGACGAUUAACUGGGCAAAACAAAAAUAAAACCCACUUGUAUAGAGCUCCAUAAAAAAAUUGUAUGGAUUUUUUCCGAUUUCAUAGACUAAAAAUACAAGUCACGUUUUCUCACUCAAUCAUCUCUCAUUCGUAUAUUUGAUAUAUUGCAUAUAUAUUUUUUUAGUUUUUUUUUUGUAGAAUUGUAUCCC